UGUAUGCGAGCGGGAUCACUUGUCCCCGGACUCCGCCAAGAGAGAGCUCUCCAGACCAGGGACCGCGCGGCGACCUCGCCCAGGCCGGGCAGCCAUGGACUACCCCUACCUCAACGCGUCCGCCUACGAGUCCUGCAUGGCGGGCAUGGAAGCCUCGGCCUUGCCUGGAUCCUAUACCGACUUCGGCUCGUGUAGCCAGGCAGGGGGGUUCCAGUACGGACCGGUGCGGGCGCCCUUCGGCCCGGGGACUCCGUGCUCGGCCCUAGGGCCUGGGAGCUGCUCGCUGGGCUCGUUGAGAGACCACGGCGCAUCGUACGCAGCGGUCCCCUACAAGCUGUUCGGGGAGGCGGCUUCCACCUCGUCCAGCAUCUCCACCUCGUCGCUGAGCGAGAAACGCAAACAGAGGCGGAUCCGCACGACCUUCACGAGCGGACAGCUGCGUGAGCUGGAGCGGAUCUUCUCCGAGACCCACUACCCGGACAUCUACACACGCGAGGAGCUGGCGCUCAAGAUCGAUCUCACGGAGGCGCGCGUGCAGGUGUGGUUCCAGAACCGCCGCGCCAAGUUCCGCAAGCAGGAGCGAGCCGCCGCCGCCGCCGCUGCCGCCGCCACCACCACCACGACCUCCGGCGGAGGAGGAGGAGGAGGAGGAGGAGGCGGUGGAGGAGGAGGAGGAGGCGGUGGAGGAGGAGGCGGAGGUGGAGGGAUGAGCGGAGCCGCCAAGCUCACGGCCCACGCCGUCGACUGGGCGGCUGUCGCGGCCGGUGCCGGUGCCGGUGCCGGUGCCGGCGUCGGCCUCUUCGGGACGGGUCGCCACGCCGGGACCGCCCUCGUCGGCGGGGGCCUCGAGGCCCUGGGGGCCGCGGGGCCCUUCGCCUCGGUUCACUCAGCCACAAAUCUCUACCAUGGCGGAUUCGCCACCGAUCGUAGAGCCACGUGCUCCGUCGGCCAAUCGGACGAGCUCUUCUGGCUGGGCCAAUGA